ACCCACAAUUCCCUUCCUUUCUCUCCUUCAACUCCUAAGACAAUGGCCUUUCCCAAUUUUUUUCUUAUUAUUCUCUUGCUCUUACCUUCAUCUCAAGUUUUAUCUGAUGUCCAACCCAACUUAAACACUCAACCAUUGCUCAUGCAGGCUUGUGAAGGCAUUGAUGACCCUGAUUUAUGCCUCUCAAAUAUUCAAACUCAUCUUCAAAACUUGGAGCCUCACGCCCCAUCUUCUGUUUUGCAUGCUGCACUAAGGACCACGCUGAAUGAAGCCAGACAGGCCAUUGAAACGAUGACAAGGUUCACUGGUUUGUCUGUCAGUUACCGUGAACAAAUUGCCAUUGAAGAUUGCAAGGAACUCCUUGAUUUCUCCGUAUCCGAAUUGGCCUGGUCUUUAACUGAGAUGAGAAAGAUUCAUGAUGGUGAUACAAGGGCUGAAUAUGAAGGCAACCUUAAAGCUUGGUUAAGUGCUGCGUUGAGUAACCAAGAUACCUGCCUCGAAGGCUUCGAAGGUACCGACCGACACCUUGAGAGCUUCAUCAGAGGCAGCCUGAAACAAGUUACGCAACUCAUCGGCAAUGUUUUAGCUAUGUACACUCAAUUACAUACCUUGCCUUUUCGACCACCCCGCAAUAGCACUUCCACGUAUACGAGCUCGAACUUUCCGGAAUGGAUAACCGAUGGUGAUCAAGAGCUUCUACGAAAUCAUUCAAGUCGCCUGCAUGCAGAUGCCGUUGUGUCGUUAGAUGGUAGUGGACGUUAUCAGACGAUAACCGAUGCCAUUAAUGAAGCUCCAAGUUAUAGUAAUAGGAGGUACGUCAUUUAUGUGAAGAAGGGAGUUUACAAGGAGAACAUCGACAUGAAGAAGAAGAAAACCAAUAUUAUGCUUGUCGGUGAUGGAAUUGGACAAACUGUAGUCACAGCGGACCGGAAUUUCAUGCAAGGAUGGACAACAUUUCGAACUGCCACUGUUGCUGUUUCUGGAAAGGGAUUUAUAGCAAGAGACAUAACGUUUCGAAACACGGCCGGACCAGAGAACCACCAGGCGGUGGCUCUCCGAGUGGAUUCCGAUCAAUCGGCUUUCUUUCGUUGCAGUAUCGAAGGGUAUCAGGAUACCCUCUACGUUCACUCCCUCCGCCAAUUUUAUCGAGAAUGCAACAUUUAUGGCACCAUAGACUUCAUUUUUGGCAAUGGAGCAGCUGUUCUCCAGAACUGCAAGAUAUUCACUCGAGUCCCUUUGCCACUUCAGAAGGUGACGGUUACCGCUCAGGGUCGGAAAAGCCCGAAUCAGAACACCGGCUUUUCGAUUCAGAAUAGCUAUAUUCUAGCCACCCAACCGACUUACUUAGGAAGGCCAUGGAAGCCAUAUUCGAGGACAGUUUUUAUGAAUACUUACAUGGGUGGUAUGGUGCAGCCUAGAGGGUGGCUUGAGUGGUAUGGGGACUUCGCCUUGAACACACUUUGGUAUGGUGAGUAUAGGAACUAUGGCCCUGGUUCUUCAUUAUCCGGACGGGUUAAAUGGCCUGGUUACCACAUUAUCCGAGAUGCUGCCACUGCUAAUUCCUUCACUGUUGGGAGGUUCCUUAACGGACGUUCAUGGUUGCCGGCAACCGGCGUCAAGUUCACUGAAGGCCUGACCAAUUAGAUUGUAUUCUAUACAUUUCUUUUCUAUUUUUAUAUAUGGUCUUUUUGCUAAUUUUCCAGUGGUUGUAAUGUUAUACAUGUGUUUGUGAAGAUCCGAUGUCUGGCAGCUUCAUUAUGUAUCCGACAUUUGAUUACUAGUA